GUCGGCAUUGCAUGCAGAGUUGUUGCCCUGUAACGCAACUUUCGCCGAGAGAUGUUGCAGAAAUUUCUUGUGGUAGCUGCAGCCGUGAGACUCCUCCUCACGCAAGGAGGGAACUGCCAGUGCUACACGGAAACAGUCUGCACUGGAGAUAGAAUAGACGUAACAGAAGCAGGGCUACCAAUAGCAGAUCAAACAGACUGCUGUGUUGGUACUAACACAGGUCUCUCAUACAACGAUGGCUCCUCCUGCAAUCUCUGUAUAGUUCAUGAGUUUGCUCAAGCUGCAUAUGAUUUGGACGAGGAUGAGCGGUUGGACACCAUGUUCCAACUCAAUGUGAAGGGAAUGACACAGUUUAGUGGUGGUGCUCUUCUUGUCACUGGACUCAUCACCGCCACAGCAGAUGGCACUGCAGUUGAUUCUGACUUUGAACGGUUAACACCAAUCCAAGUCACAAAAAAUGCCGAGAUCAGACUCUUUGCUGCCAAUGAUGAGAUUGCUCUGGAAUACGAUGAUAGGGUCCUACUGACGUUUGCUCCCGACAAUCCUGCUCUGAUUACCGACCUACCUGCCAAUGGAGAGUAUGUAAGGGAUUCCGCGACAGUGAACAUCGUAGACAGUGAUUUGUUGGAGAUAAAUUUUUUGGAGUCUGACUAUUCAAUUCUAGAAGGAUCCACAGAGCUCAGUGCUCCGAUCAUGAUUCAGUUGAGACAAAAUCAGAACGCAUUCACACUCAUGUUGAGUCCAGUCACUAUUGAUACUGCUGAGAGCAAGAACUUGAGUUUCUUCAUUAAUUCACAAACCAUUCUACCUGGGUCCAGAGCAACAGCAGUUGCCGAUUUCAGUGACAGUGUAACCACGAUUACAGUUCCAGCCAACAGCAACCCAUCGUACGAAAUAAUACAGUUUUUCACAAUCAAUGACGACAAUAUUGAUGAGGGAUGAGCAGAGUUUUGCAAUAGUUGCUGAGAUAGGACCUGACGUUCCCGAGAAUAUCAGCUGCUUCCAGAUUGGAGUUGGAUCAGAUGUUUGCUUUGGACGACGUGGAGCCACCGAAAUUAGAAUCACCGACAAUGAUCCUAUGAUCAUUGGGUUCACCCAACGCAUUCGAACAGUAUCGGAAGGUCAAGUUCCUGGAAUGGAUAUGUUCCAGCUGGAGAUCAAUGUUGAGAGCGUAAGGACAGCUGAAAAAGAGCAUCCAAUGCUGUUCCGUCUCCAGGAAACUAGUACUAAUGCUACUGUCGAGACACUGACACCAGCUAGUCCCCUGUUUGAUGCUACAUUUGGACUAAGGGAAAACCCCGAUGAUCCUAUUGAGGAAACCCGUGAUCUGGACCAGGGAACACGUACAGUUUUACCAUUGCUUACAACCAUCAGAAAUGACUUGAUUCCAGAGAAACUAGAAUGCUACACAAUACGCAUAUUCUCUAGGGAUGUUCCCGGUCGUCAGGCGCUGUUUGAAUGCAAUGACGACACUGAAAUGGCAGAUAACUACUUCUGUGUGCACACAAUCUGCAUCGAAGAUGAUGAUGAGCCAUUUGAGGUUGCUUUUGUAAGAACAAUGUACACUGUUGAUGAGAGUGCGGGUCCCGUGUUGGUCUGUGUCAAUCUCACUCGACCUGAAAUUGACAUUCUCGAUGAAACUGUCAAUGUGUUUGUCACCGACUUCACAACGUCCAUGUACAUCCCAGUUGGUGACGUCCCUUUUGCAACCCCUGAUAUUCCUGACUUUCUCAGUCGGUAUCUGAUGGCAGAGAGAUCUGAUUUUCAACAGCAGACUGCUGCAAUCAAUUUAUUAGACGAUAUCCUUAUUAGUGAACUGAUGAGAAUAGUCUGCUACAACCAGACCAUCUAUGACGACCUACGUUUGGAGGCGAAUGAAUAUGCAGGCCUUACGCUUGGAGUUGAUGAUAAUUCGCAAAUCAGAGUUCUUACUUUCGUAAAGGAACUGUUUGAUCAAGCCUCUAUUCUUAUUGUGGACGAUGACAGGGCUGUGGUUGGCCUGGAGCAGACAUUUUUCAGUGUAUCAGAAGAUGUUGCUUAUGUUGAACUCUGUGCCAUCGUUUUAUUCCCAGAUAUUACCUGUCCUAUUGAAUUCCCUUUUGAAAUUGGGGUUUUGACUGCUGAUGGGACUGCAGUGGAAACCAUGGACUAUGGAGCAAUUGAUGAGACUCUCAUGUUUGAUGCCUGUGAGACGAGGAAGUGUGUGAAUGUCACAAUAACAGAUGACCUGGUGGACGAACAGCAGGAGUUGUUUACCUACACCCUGACAAGGACACCUUCUCUAGAUCCCAGGAUUGAGCUAGAUCCUAUUGAUGGAACAGUUGAGAUCAUCGAUAGUGAUGGUAAGUAAUUAAUGAAUUUGAUUAGACGUAUAAAAAUCUGAGUGUCUGAGGGGAGAUAUAUUUUGAUGUCUAUGAAUGUUUGGUACGGAUAGCUUUCCUCACCAAUGCUAAUUAUUAUUAUUGCCAUCCCCACCAGUGGGGGUCAGUUUCCUCCCAGUGAAUGCCACAGGAGUGAGGAUCUCCUGGAAUGGGAGUGUCCACCUCCCCACCUCCAUCCACUACACCGUCUCUCUCUCCACCACCGGCAUCAUCAUUAGCCAAUACGACAGGGUCUACCCUCCUGGAAUCACCUCAGAUGUCGUGGUCUUGGAGGAUGACAUCACCCUUACAGACGAAUAUGUGCACAAAUUCACCCUCCACUACAUCUCUCAGAAUGAUGAUGUCCCAGGAACUCCAACAAUUGCCUUCUUCACUUUCGGUACGAAAAUGUGGAGAGUGUUAAUUACGGCUGUAGUAUCGUAGUAAUAGAUACUAUAGACGAGCGUUACGUCUCAAGACUCAGCAAUUUGCAUGAGUACUUAAUAUCUCAUAUGGAGAGUGGAAUAGAAUGAUCUACAGUAAGAUGGCUAUAUUUCGCAUGGAUAUGACAGCUAUAUAGGCAGCGAGUAAAAAUGUGCGCGUUCCCUAUCACGAAAGCGACGCUGAUACAAACGAGUCUCUGUCAGGAGUCUCACGGGCACGAUGUUCUCUUUCCCACUCUCUUCGACGACGAAGGGCGUCUUCCCCGGACAUGUAUACGCACGGCAGGCAGCCUGUGAAAUUGAAAUCCUUCCGGAUAAAAAGAAGCGUGUAAUCCUGGAGCAUGCGCAGUUGGACGACGUACGGUCGUCGCAUUAGUAGGCGAAUGCAUGGCAUUUUUGGCGAGCGGGAGCGAGCACACAAUGACUGUAUCUGCACGAGCCUAUUUACAACUUGAACCUUAGAACCACGAAGAUUGGAAAGAGGUAUAUACAGCCACGGUCAGGUAUCGAAGAGUGCAGCAAAUGCCAGCGAAUAGAUAGAUUUCGCAUCGAUAUGACAGCUAGGCAGCGUGUAAUAAGGAAUAAGCGCGUUCCCUAUCACGCAAGCGACGCCGAUACACACGAGCCUCUCUCUGCUC